AUGGAUGAUUCUGAAUUGAAUGCUAUUAGAGCUGCUCGUUUACAAGAGCUACAGAAAAAUGCUGGUCAAGGUAGCGGCGGACAAGAAAAAGCUUCUCAACAUUUAUCUGCUGCAUUAGAUCAAGUUUUGGAACCAGAAGCACGUGCCAGAUUAUCAAGAGUGAAUUUAGUUAGACCAGAUAGAGCUAAAGCUGUUGAACAAUAUAUUAUUAGAUUGGCACAAUCUGGUCAAAUUAGAAGAAAAUUAGAUGAAGAAAGUAUAGUGGAGAUCUUGAAUGGUAUUGCAAGAGAUCAAAACAAACAAAAUGAAACAAAGAUAGUGGUAUGUUGA